AUGACGUCACUUGUUUUACUAGGGUGCCCGGAUGUUGACCCUACCCUGACCCCAUGGAACCCUGGGCAUGACCGCAACGCGCAGGUGGUUGUGGGAAGGCUCGUAUUUGCUGACUUGGGAUCAACAAGUGAUGCAGAAAUCGUCCUGAGGUCACGGGAGGUCAUCGUGGCCAGCGAUGGGGAGUUCCACGUCGGCAGUGAGACCUGUCCGUACCAGGGGAAGGCCACGGUGUCCCUGUAUGGCCGCUCGGACGACCAGAAGAACAGCAAGCAGUUCCUGGUCAUGGCAGGUGGGACACUAGAGAUCCACGGGCAACACAAGCUGGCGUGGACUCAGCUCACACAGACAGUUCCGGCAGGGGGACUCCCUAAGGGUACCUAUGCUUGGGAUUCGGACACUAUGGGAGGGGGCCGCGGAAUGCACGUGCACGUCAUGGACGAGAUAUCUGGGGCCGUGGUGGACUGGCAAACCUUCGACACGUACGGCAGCGAACAGAACAGCAUAAUCCUGGGGGAUUUCAUCGACCAAAUACCGCCGGGGAGAAUCGUGGCACUGAUAACCAAAGGCGACGCCUCCCGGAAACUAGAGGCAACAGCCCGACAGAAGAUCAGUGAAGCGUUGGGAAGCAUCGAAAUUGCUUCAUUGGGAUACAGGCAUCCGUGGGUGUUAGUGGGUGUAAAGGGAGACCCCAGCGCUGUAGUUGAGCAAAGGAUCCCAUAUAUCGACACACAGACCACCGGCACCGCUGCCAUCACAGCCACCUUUGAUGCUUUCUUCGGCUCCUUCGGCGUCACUGCCACAAGUGCAUGGCUGGGAGGAAGAUCGUCUUUCACCUUUUCUGUGGAGGGUGCAGGAAGUGAGUACGUCAUCAACCUGAAGGAUGACGUGAGUUCCUGGCAGCCUGGGGACCACAUCGUGCUGGCCAGCACGGACUACAACAUGGAACAGGCAGAAGAGUUCCAGCUGCUGCCAUGUCAGGAGUGCUCCAGCCAUCAGGUCAAAAUCAGCGGGCAAAUCAAGUACACUCAUUUCGGCGAGAUCUCGGAUGAAGUAGACUUGCGGGGAGAGGUCGGUCUGCUGACUAGGAACAUCAAGUUCCAGGGGGAGGUAGAGGACAGCUGCUACGGAGACAACUUCUGUCAGUACUUCGACUACGACACGUAUGGAGGGCAUGUGAAGAUUUUACCAGGUUUCAAGAACGUCCACUUGUCCGGUAUCGAGUUCACCCGCAUGGGUCAGCAGGUGGUGGGGAGCUACCCUGUCCACUUUCACAUGACCGGAGAUGUGGACGAAGUCGGAGGCUACAGCCGCCCAACGUACGUCCGAGAGCUGUCCAUUCACCACUGCUUCUCUCGCUGUGUGACCAUCCAUGGGACCCAUGGACUAUUGGUCCAGGACACAGUUGGAUACGACACACUUGGUCAUUGCUUUUUCCUAGAAGACGGAGUGGAGCAACGUAACGUUCUGGACCACAACCUGGGUCUGGUGACGCGGGCAGGCACACUUUUGCCCACCGACAGGGACGACAACAUGUGCCAGACCAUGAGGGACGCGGUCUACGGGGACUAUAUUCCAGAGUUAACUGACUGUCGGGCAGUGACCACUUUCUGGAUUACCCAUCCAAACAACGUUAUCACCAACAAUGCGGCCGCCGGAUCUUUGCAUACCGGGAUCUGGUACAUCUUUCACCGUGAGCCGACCGGCCCGUCAGCGGGCGCCCUCCCGAGGUACCAUGCAGAGCGGUCGCCGUUGGGACAGUUCUACAACAACAGAGCGCACUCUAACGGAAUAGACGGGCUUAUGAUCGACGGCGGAGUGAAGACCACUCAGCCAUCCGCAACUGCACCGGAGGAGUACCUAUCCAGAACCGGUGCACGUUACAAGCCACACCAGAACGCUGACCUCCUACAGCCACGUGUGCCGGCAAUGAUAGAGGGUCUCAUCGCCUUCAAGAACCAGGAUCAAGGAGCUUGGGUCCGAGGGGGCGACAUCUGGUUCAACAAAUGCGCCUUCGUGGAUAAUGGGAAAGGGCUGACAAUGGCAAGUGAAGGCACAUUCCCUAACGACGUGGGGUCGAGUCAACAAAUCCGGAACAGCAUCUUCAUCGGGGAAAGUGAGAACGUGGGUACUGCUAGCGGGUCCAGUGUCUGGGGGAUGGGAGGGGUCAAACCGGUGGCGAGAAGCCUGCCUCACUCCACAACCUUCCCUAUGCGGGGACUAGAAAUCUACGACGGUCCCGUCCUAGCCGAAAGCUGCACCUUCAAGAAGUUCGCCGCCGCCCCGGAGUACAACCGCUGGAGCAGCGCGAUCGGAUACCUACUGGGCAACAACUGGCAAAUGUCACCAAACAACAACGUCACAGGGGCCAAGUUUGAGAAUGUCCAAACCCGUGUGUUCCACGGUGGUAAGAACCUCCCCUGGUUUGGUACGUACGAGAAAGACGGUGAUAAGUCACAGAUUACGCACGACGUGGACGGUAGUAUCACUGGCUAUCCCGACAGCUACGUAGUCGGACAGAACAACUAUCUGGCCAGGAACCCGGGAUGUGUGGAGAAGUCUGAGUGGCGAGCAUUCGUUUGCAGCGAAAAGUAUGGACAGGUACAUAGGUCCGCAUGCAAUACAGUAUACAGCUCAGUCAUUGAACUUAAUAGUGAAACACAAAAUGUGUAG